GACGCUUUGUCCCAUUGCGCAGUGCAAGCACACGACAGUGUUCCAGCUUUCCGCCAAAAACGUCAUAUCGCGUUCACACAAACAAUCAUAGCGCCCAUGCUCCACAGAAUUGAUGUCACUGCUGCGAACAUGAUGGGCAUUUCACCAUGGCUUUCGAUGUCUUUCCUUUGGGCAUCAAACCUGGUCGAGCUGGUAUCGCUGCCUCUGCUCAAAUUGUCGUGCUGCUCCCUUUCGCUUGUGGGAUUUUGGCAUGUGAAGCUCUCUGGCUAGUGCGUGACGCCAUACCCAACGAGCGAGGGGCUAUCCAAAACGCAGACGCACAAACACGCGAGCUUUGGCAGCGGAUCAGGGCGCUCUUGUCGGACAGCCUGAUUUCCAUGGUAGCCAGAUGUCGAUGAGGCCAUGCGCAAAUUUCCCUGUUGUUGCUUUCGCAUGUGACCGAGAAUGGUUCUGGGGCUUGAUGAAGCACAACAAACACAACACAGCCUUACUCCUUACUCGACACGCGAGAGCAGGAGUGCGAAGGGUGCCGAGAUGUUAUUGUUUUCUGAGACGUUACCUGCGUUCAGUGACGUACCACGCUGGAAAGCGGAAUCUGCUUGCUACAAGUGUGCUCAGGGUCAUGGAAAAUCACAGGUGUUUAGAGCUCGAUUGGGUUAAGAUGCAGCCUGGUGGC